AUGUCACAGCCUAGUGGAAAUGCUCUUCGCAAAUUCAUUUCACAGAGAAUUUACAGCCUCACCUAUUGGCCGAACGAAUACUUUGGGUCAAGCCUGGUGAGUCGCGGCCAACUCAAGUAGGCGGAUCUCAGUAGCCAGCGGAAUAAGCUUCGCGUUGUGCGAAAGCUGCCUCUCCCACUUUGAGCAGCCAUGGCCCGGCUCGAGGCGGCAUGUAUCUUCAGGACUCAGCUUGUUUAGCAUAUAG